AUGCGGGGAAAUAUCAAUUUCCAGACUACCUCCAGCUCCUGGCGUGUGUGCCUUUCAUUCCCUCUCAAUCCCAUCUGUGCUGUCCCGUUCAUCCCACCUACUUAUCCCCCAGGCGGCAUCAAUGCGGGGGGGUACGAAUUUCCAGACUACCUGCAGUUCCUGGCAUGUGCGGCGCUCAUUCUGGUCUGUGCAGCCAUCAACGUCCUCCCCGUCAAGCGAGUGGGGCAAGUGCUGGCUGUCGGCACAGUGGUGCAGGUGAGGGGGAUGGAUGGGCCAUCCAUGGGUGGUGCAGGUGCGACGUACCUUCCAUGGGUGGUGCAGGUGCGACGUACCUUCCAUGGGUGGUGCAGGUGCGACGUACCUUCCAUGGGUGGUGCAGGUGCGACGUACCUUCCAUGGGUGGUGCAGGUGCGACGUACCUUCCAUGGGUGGUGCAGGUGCGACGUACCUUCCAUGGGUGGUGCAGGUGCGACGUACCUUCCAUGGGUGGUGCAGGUGCGACGUACCUUCCAUGGGUGGUGCAGGUGCGACGUACCCAUGCCCCAAUCUCUGCUCAUUCUGGACUCUGCCGCCAUCAACGUUCUCCCCGUCAAGCGAGUGGGGCAAGUGCUGGCUGUCGGCACAGUGGUGCAGGUGAGGGGGAUGGAUGGGAUGGGCCAUCCAUGGGUGGUGCAGGUGCGACGUACCCAUGCCCCCGUCUCUCCUCAUUCUGGACUCUGCCAUCAUCAACGUUCUCCCCGUCAAGCGAGUGGGGCAAGUGCUGGUCGUGGGGACGGUGCUGCAGUACACUCUUUCCCUGUUUCCUCCUCUGCCUCUUUCCCUGUUUCCCCCUCUGCCUCUUUCCCUGUUUCCCCCUCUGCCUCUUUCCCUGUUUCCCCCUCUGCCUCUUUCCCUGUUUCCCCCUCUGCCUCUUUCCCUGUUUCCCCCUCUGCCUCUUUCCCUGUUUCCCCCUCUGCCUCUUUCCCUGUUUCCCCCUCUGCCUCUUUCCCUGUUUCCCCCUCUGCCUCUUUCCCUGUUUCCCCCUCUGCCUCUUUCCCUAUGUCCUCCUCUGCCUCUUUCCCUGUUUCCCCCUCUGCCCUCUCGGCCCCUUUCUCACCAGAUUCUUGUGGCAUUCGCAUACGCGGUGGUAUGGUAGCUGGCCUCCUCAUGUCGCAAUAUGUGCUCUACACUUUCGAUGCAGCGGCUCACAUGUCAGAAGAGGCAAAGCGGUUUACUGCAUUCCUCCCUUCCUGUCCCCUUUGGUUGAUUCCACUCCAGGCAUACGCGGUGGCAUGCGCGGUGGUGGCCGGGCUCCUCAUGUCUCAAUACGCGCUCUACGCAUUCAAUGCAGCUCAUUCACACAUCCCAGGCAUGCGCGGUGGUGGCCGGGCUCCUCAUGCAUAUGCCGUGGUAGCCGGCCUCCUCAUGUCGCAGUAUGCCCUCUACGCAUUCGAUGCAGCGGCACACACGUCAGAAGAGGCGAAGCGGUCCGACGUGACGACGCCGUUUGCCAUGAUAGCCGCCCUCUCAGUCAUCUGCUUCGUGGAGUGGGGCGUCAUUGUGGCUCUCACCUUCUGCAUCCAGAUGAUGAGACAGCACAGGUCAGCACAGCACAUGGUAGCUGCCCUCUCACUCACUCAUCGUCUUCGUGGAGUGCGGUGUCAUCGUGGCCCUCACAUUCUGCAUUCAGGUCUCUUCUUCAUCUCUUUCUUUUUCGCCACCAUCACUCUCAUCCUUGCUGGCGCCCGCACCAGUGUCAUCACCCUGUCCCUUCCCUUCCCUACUGUCUCAUCCACCCUCUCUUCCACAGGGUUAUGCCUUGUCUCGGGACAGGGGUCUCCCUCUCUCUUUCCUGUGGCGCCGGGUGAGGGGUCUCCCUCUCUCUUUCCUGUGGCGCCGGGUGAACUCCAGCAAGGCACCAGUGAGCGCCAUAGCGUGCACCAGCAAUGCCUUCAACCCAUCCCUCCCUCCCCUGCCCGCUUUCCUCAGGGCUACGCCUCGUCUUGCGACCGUGGCCUCCCUUUUUCUUUCCUGUGGCGCCGGGUGAACUCCAGCAAGGGUUAUGCCCUGUCUCGCGACCGCGGCCUCCCCUUGUCUUUCCUGUGGCGGCGGGUGAACGCAGACAAGGUCCCAGUGAAUGCCAUAGCGUGCACCAGCGCCAUUGCCAUCGUCUUCCUCAUGCCUCUGCUCGGAGGCUCCGUGGCCUACUUUGCCGUCACCGGCAUGGCCACCGUGGGGUGGUUCGGCGCAUACGGAGUGCCGGUGUUCUUCCGGAUUAUUCAAUCUGAUAAGGACUUCGCUCCGGGGCCCUUCUACCUGCCCAACUACAUUGGGCACACGGGCGGGUGA